AGUAUGUGGUCUGUGAGUAAUUGUGUUGUGUACCAUCGGAUCACGGUCGUGGUCGCGGUCAAAGAAAAUAUAAUCACAUCGUUUAUCGUCGUUCGCGGUUCCUGAUUACUAAAGAUGUGCCAAUUUGGAAAAAUUACACCCCGAGUUAUAAUGUUUUGAAGAAGAAAUAAUGAUUUGAAGUGGACUUUGAUAUGUAAAAGUGGUGCGAUUUUCUGUAUUAAGUGUCUGCGCAUGUGAAUUAUUAGUGGAAACUGUGAAAUAAGUGCCCUGAGAUACCAUCGCCACCCGUCGGCUGUCUGCUGGCUCAAGUUGCCGUCAAAAUCUCCCAAAGGCUGUACAAUGUGACGCAUUAACAUAUUGUGAAGCAGUAUACUAUGAAGGAUAAUUAUUAUAAUAUAUUGUAAUUGGUAAAUUCAGGCUCAGAAGGGCUAGAUCCCAGAGCCGUAAAGCCAGUUUAUUAAGAAGAAGAUUAAUGCGUAAUGCAACAAUCGCAUUACAUUUUACUACUAAAAGCUAAGUGUUCUAUGAAAGUAAAUAUAUACGGGUCAUCUUAAUUCACGUUCUCGGCAAUUAUAAUUAUUGAAUGUAUUCGAAAUUGAACAUUUGAAGCUGAGAUUAAAAAAGAAAAUAUUAGGUACGACAGAUUUGCUCUGUUACAAUGCCGCAGGCCAGACGCAAGACGCCUUUUAGCGGUAAAGCGAAGAAGCAACAACUGCAAGCAAAGAAGAACAAGAAUCUCUUAUUAUCAUCAUCCACUAGCUCCAACGCAUAUGACGUGGUCUCCGUUAACUACCAGCCUAACAGAUCGCGAGGUAGAGGCGACGCAAACCGCUACGCGCUGAAGUUCUACCGGGAGACUGACGAGGAGUUGAAACUGAAGAAGGAAGAUGCCUUAAAAUCUCUGAACCCAGUACCAGAGGAAGCUAUGGAGGUGGAUCCUUCAGAUUACUUCCCCGCUGACAUAUCUUUCCCAAAACGUCCACCGUGGGACUUUAAUAUGACCGUCGCACAGUUGGAUGCUCAGGAACAGAAAUAUUUUAGGGAGUACAUAGAUCAGCUGCAAGCAUCAGAGCACUGGAAGGACAUGUCCUACUUUGAGCUUAAUCUGGAGACCUGGAGACAAUUGUGGAGGGUGCUGGAGAUGUGCGAUAUAUUGUUGCUGAUCGUAGAUGUCAGAUUUGCUGGUAUGAUGUUCCCACCGUCCCUCUAUGAAUAUGUGGUGAAUGAACAGAAGAAGGAUAUGAUUCUGGUCCUGAACAAGAUUGAUCUCGUGCCAGCGAGCGUUGUUGCAGCUUGGAAGGCGUAUCUGACUGAAAGAUAUCCAGGGUUGAGGGUUGUUUACUUCACAUCAUGCCCAGGGUAUAAUCUGAGGGGAGCCAGCAGUGAUAAGGCUGGUCUACAAGUGCGAAGACGCAAGGGCCGUCAACGCAUGUGUUCUGAAGGAGCCACUAAAAUAUUGGAGGCUUGUAAAGAUGUUGUCGAUGGUCAUGUAGACCUCAGCUCCUGGGAGAAGAAGAUCGCCGAAGAGACCAACUUGGAGUUUGAUGAUGAUGAGCAGACAGAAGUUGGUGAAACGAUCAUAGAGAAAGCUGAUACUUCAUACUUCACCCACGAGAAAUACAAAAAUGGGGUGUUAACUAUAGGGUGUGUGGGUCAACCUAAUGUUGGCAAGUCUUCACUUAUGAACGCUAUCAUGGGGAGGAAAGUUGUGUCCGUGUCCAAGACGCCUGGUCACACAAAGCAUUUCCAGACCAUAUUUCUGACCCAACAGGUGCGUCUUUGUGACUGUCCGGGUCUUGUGUUUCCGUCGAAAGUGCCCCGUCCCAUACAAAUACUAAUGGGAUCAUAUCCUAUAGCGCAGUUGAGGGAACCUUACACAACCAUAAGGUAUUUAGCGGAGAGAUUAGAUUUACCAAAAUUACUUCGCAUCAGUCAUCCGGAAAACGAUGACACGUGGUCACCUAGAGAUAUAUGCGAUGGGUGGGCCAAGAAACGUGGAUAUCUCACUGCUAAGUCUGCCAGGUUAGACACAUACAGGGCGGCGAACAGCUUAUUGAGAAUGGCGUUGGACGGAAAGAUUUGUCUAUGGUUACGGCCGCCGGGAUUCACAAAGCAAAGAGAAAAAUACGAGACCUGCGAAGAGAUUAAGUACGUAAAAUGGGUUCAAGCACUCACACAUGCCGAGGGCGAGGAGUCGGACGUGGUAUCGGACGACUCCGGACAUUCCGGAUCCGGGCGACACGAUUCCGGACGACAGAGUUCCGAACAAUCCGGAUCGGACACCGAUGACGAGAGCGACAAAGAGGAGCAAACUGCUAUCGCUAAUAAGUUUGCCGCCUUGGCUAGUGUCGAGUGAAUUGUCGAGAAAUACGGAAAUAUUUUAUGUCUGUCGGUUCCUAUUUCUUAUUGCGGAAAAUUCCGACAUGUGGGCUUUUUCACUAACUUUGUUGACAUUAAAGUUAUAGUCACUUCGUAGUAUACUGCGUCGUAUGGUUUUAAGUUGUGCUAGCUCUACAGAAAAGCCAUAUAGAAUACGCAACAGCUAUAUUACAGUUGUAGCACGAAUGGGUACACUCGACCGGGGAAGGACCACAAUCUCACGGAAUACCAGCUUGACAUAGCAGCUUAAUGCUGCUGUGUUUCGUAUGACGAGUGUGGAGAACCGGAGACCAUUUUUACUGGAACCGAGGCAAUCUAUCUUAGUCCUCAGGGGUGAAAACCCAUCAGCGUUUUGAUUCUAAUUGAAGAUAGCAUGCACUCACUUACUUAGGUGGACUCUGUGUGCUCGUUUGUCACUCUUAUUAUAUAUAAAAGAAGUGACUCUCAUUUUGAUAUCAACAAUUUUAGCGUACAGGCCUGCUGUACUGCGAUCAUGUGACUAUGUUGGGAAUCGUUUGCCGGUAGAAAGCACCUAGAAGCUCUGUUAUUUUUUAUUAAAAUAAUAUUUUGUAAUUUAAAAUAAGAUAUUAAUGCAUAAAGACGUUGCCUUAUAAUUGAUACUGAAUUAAUUAUAUAAUACAAUGGAACCAAACUUAAAACAUUAAUAAAGUCAUCCAUAAUUCCCAGCAGAGUUACAAAAAUCGCAUUACUGGAUGCCUGCCGCGUUUACAAUGAGUCUGUUAACAAUAUUUUAUAUAAAUAAUAAUUAAAAUAAAGAUAAUGUUGUGUAUGAAUAUAUUAUAUAAAUCAUUAUUUAUACAUGUGUGGCAUUAUUUUAGAAGUCAAAACAUCUUUAGAAUAGUUGUGAUGUGCAACUCGAUGAAACUAAAAAGAGAAACAUAUACAUCAAUAGGAUUUAUGUUGAAGUGUAUAGACAUUUGCAAUAACGCUAUAUUUCGCGAAAAUCUUUGAAAGUUAUAAUAUGUGUGAAGACAGCCAUAACGGCUGUCUUCACUGGUUUGGAUAAUUAAUUUUAUCCACCAAUUUAGUUUGCGUGAGAAUGAGAUAGAAUACAGUAUACAGUGUUUCCUAUUAUCUCGGUGUCGUAAGCGUAAGCGACGUAGGCUUUGAAAGUCAGUUUUCUCGAACAUUUGUAACAAAAGACUCCACUCGCCAUCUUGUUUAAUAGUUUUUACAAGAUGGCGUCAGCAGCUGAUGUAAUUUUACCGUUAUAAAUGGUGUUUAGUUAAUCAUUUUAGCAACAGAAAACAAAGGUUUGCCUACAAUUUUAAGAAUUAUUUAGUGGAUUUUAACAUAAUUAUCAGGUCAAGAUGCUGAAGCUGCCCCUGGUAAGUCAACCAUUCCUCCGUUAGUCCUUAGGUAGCUUGUCAUUCCAUCUUACACUGCAUAACCAGAGCUUCUGUCUUAGAAUUACUUCAAUGAUGGCAGACCCACGUUGCAGUUAUAUUAUGGGUGUAACACGAAUGGGUUGGCUCCACCGUGGAAGGUCUACACUCUUACAGAAUACCAGCGUCAAAUAGCAGCUUAAGUGUUUCGUAUGGCGAGUGUAGAGAACCAGAGACCCUUAUUACUGGAAAUAACGCAUUCUGUCUACGUCUUCCGUAACGUCUACUAGUGCUGCAGUUAAUAAUACUUGACCAGGGUUGUUUGCAAAGCGUGAUACAGUAAUACCCCGGACUUACACGAUAGAUGGGACCAAGCGAUAGCCGUGUAAGCCGAAUUCGCGUAAGUCGGGGUUCAAUUUUGCACAUAAAUACGUAUAAAGUUUAACAAUCACAAUAACGACACAACAAAACAAUAAUUUAGAAGAAUCAUGUUUAAUAAAAUUAGAUAGUAAAAAUAAUUUACAUUACUGUGAAAACAACAUAAACCAAAGUUAUUUUGAUGUCGAAGGCUUCAUAUAUUCUAACAAUGUCGCCUGACAAGUUAAGUUUUUCUUCUUCUCACGUAAAAUUUCCUCGUAGAAUGCCAGUAAUUUCUACAUCUUCGUUUCUGGAUAUUUUGAAAAUUUGAAAUUUUUAGGGGUUGACAACCUUUUUUUAAAUUUGACUUUACUUUUACAUUUGUAUAACAUUAAAUAAUAUUUAACAUUUGUAAAUAUCAAUGAAUCAUAAACCUUUUUUUUUCCAAAUUGAGGAUCUUGAUUGUUUCAUAUUUACAAAUGUUAUUAUUAGGUGAAAAUUUAAUAAGGACCAAUGUUUUCCAGGGUGAUUUAGCUGUACCUACUUAUAUAAAUGAUUUUUUUAUAAAACAAAAAAUAGUACAAAAGGUUUGUAAUCUCUGCAUAAAAAAGUCACUUACUCUCAAUUUCAAAGAAAACACAUAGAAAAACACGUAGUUACCCACUAAAAACAAGUAUCCUUCCGUUUGUAACUGACGUUUGACGUCAAAUAAACUUAAUUAGGUCUAAAUAAGUGAAAAAAGCAUAAAAAAGAACAUUACUUUUACACAUGUCUGAUGGCACAAUAGGCUGAUGGUCUGUGUCGCUUGACACGCCAGGAGUGUCUUGAAAUAUUUGAUUUUUCCGAUUCAACUGGGUCUAAUGAAUCAGGUUGUUCAAUGUCUUCAUCAUGCUCACGCAUUUCCAUAAACUCGUCAAUUGUUAGCUAUUGAUUGUGUGAAUCCAGCAAUUCUUGGACGUCAUCAUUACCCACCUCUAAAUUUUAUUGUUUGGUUAUAUCGACCACUUCUUCACUUAUACCAUAAAUUUGUUCGGGAUUUGAGACUGAUUCUUCUUGAGCUUCAGUGGUAAAAAAAAAUGGACACAGCUUUUUCCAGACGCCAUUCAAAGUUUUUUGUGAAAUCUCAUCUCAUGAUUGUCCAAUAAUUCUUACAGCAUCUAAAACAUUGAAUUGCUUCCAAAAGUCUUUGACAGAAAGCUCGUUAUUUAGUCUCGUAGCUUCAUUAAGAUGUGCAAAUGAUCGCCUUGUGUAGUAAGCUUUAAAUGUUUUAAUGACUGCCUGGUCCAUUGGUUGAAGCAAGCUGGUAGUGUUUGGUGGCAAAAAAACGACUUCAACCCGUGGAUCGAAAUUAAAGAGUUCUAGGAGGAUGACCUGGUGCAUUGUCAAUUGGUAGCAUCACCUUAAAUGGAAUUUCUUUCAAUUCGCAAUAACUGUCGACUUCAGGAAUAUAAUGAUGACCAAACCAGUCUUCAACAAUUUAAAAUUAAAAAUUUUGUACUGCCUGCUUCAAUAUAAGUUAUUAAGAAUAACUCAAAAACUAUUGGUCUGACAUUGAUCGAAUUCAUAUGGGAUCACACGAGAAGUACCAGAUUUCAAAUAAAAAAAGAAUCAUCGAAAUCGGUUCACCCAGUAAAAAUUUAUGAGGUAACACACAU